AUGCUCAUGACGACUCCAGUUACUCACAUUGGACGAACUCGUAAAUUUCUUCUUCUUCCAAGAUUCUUUUCAUUCUCAAUUCUUCAUUUUAUUCCUCUUUUAUAUUUACCAUUCUUUAGCGUUGCUUGGUUUUUAUCGCUUUCCAAUUCUUUUUUCCCAUGUCGUUGUCUUUUUCUCCGUUUUUUUUUUUUGUGCGAUCUAUUUAUCGAUAUAGCUUUCAUCUUUCUUUCUUUCUUUCUUUCUUUCUUUUGCUUCUUUUCCAUCUUUCAGGGUAGCUUUUAUCUCUCUCUCUCUCACACACACACACACAGACUCUCUCUCUCUUUCUCUCUCUCUUUCUCUCUCUCUCUCUCUCUUUCUUUUUUCUUUCUUUCUUUCUUUCUUUCUUUAUCCCUACUUUCUUUCUUUCUUUCUUUCUUUCUUUAUACCUAUUUUUCUUUUCUUUCUUUCUUUCUUUCUUUCUUUCUUUCUUUCUUUAUGCCUAUUCUUUCUUUCUUUCUUUCUUUCUUUCUUUCUAUACUUUUUGUACAUGAAUUAAUAUUCCUCUUUUUAUUCCACUUUUCUAAAUUUUCUUUUUUCCUUUCUUUCUUUUUUCUUCCGUCCUGUUCGUGUAUUUUUAUGUAUUUCCCUAUUCCAAUUUUAUUUCCUUAUUCCUUUUUCUUUCUUUCUUUCUUUCUUUCUUUCUUUCUUUCUUUCUUUCUUUCUUUCUUAUUUUCGUUCUCUUUCCUCCAUUCUGUAUUUAUUUCUUUUUUGCUCCCGCAUAAUUUUUAUCUAUUUUUCCUAUUUUCAAAUUGUCUCUUCAUUUUUUUCUUUCCUUAUUUAUUUUCGUUUUUUUUUUUUUCGUCUCUCUCUUUUAGUUUCUUUUUCCUUACUUUCUUUCAUUCAUUCUUUAGCUUUUUUCUUACAUUGUUGAUCUAUUCCAUUCUUCUGAUUUUCUGUUUCUUUCUUUCUUUCUUCCUUUCUUUCUUGCUUUCUUUCUUUCUUUCUUUCUUUCUUUCUUUCUUUGAUUUCUGCUCUCGCAUUAUUUUUAUCUAUUUUUCCAUUAUACCGAAUUUUCUCUUCGUUUUCUAUUCUUUCUUUCUUUAUUUUGAUUUUCUUUUUCUUCCUUUCUUUCUUUUCUUUCUUUCUUUCUUUCUUUUCUUUCUUCCUUUCUUUCUUUCUUUCUUUUUUAUUUCUUUCUCGCUUUCUGUAUUUCCUUCUUUUUCUUUCUCCUCAACUCAUUUCUUCUUGUUUAUGAUUUCUUUAUUUCUUUCUUUUCCAUUUUCAUCCAACAUUUUCAUAUCCAUUCCUCCUUGUUUUAUCUUCUUUUUUUUCUAUUUUGACCUCUUUUAG